UCUUCAUUUCCAUCAAAGAAAUCAACAAUCCAAAUGGGUUUUCAUCUGGGGUUUUACUUCAUCCUCCUGUUCCUUUUAUGCCCAAUGGCAGCAGAAUCUCAAGAAACCAUUUGCGGGGAAGAAAUAUGCGGAAACGUUACAAUUCCAUCCCCAUUUGGGAUCCAUGGAAGCUGCUAUACUCGUUCCUGGUUUAGAGUAAUUUGCAAGCAAACCCACAAUGGGAAAAGGCCUUUCAUUAGCAUAAACGGAAUCGAUAUCGAGGUACUCGGUUCCUUGUUCUCAGGAAACUCCAUCCUCAUAAAGAAUCCAGUCACUUACGUUAACCGUGAUCACAAAAUGGACGAUACUGUGAGUCUCAAUCUAACAGGCACUCCAUUUUUCUUCUCGAGUGACUACAACUUGUUCGGGUCCGUGGGUUGCGGGAAUUUGGCUACCGUUUUCAGUAAUGAUGGUGAACCCCUUGGCGGCUGCAUUCAACCGAGAUGUGGCGGCGAUGGGGCUUCUGAACCUGAACCUGGCUGCUUUAAUAAAGUCUUUGGGAACUUGAGUUCAAGUAUGGUAAACAUGACAGCCAUGUAUCCCGGUGGGAAGGAUGAGAGCACGAGAUGCGCAUCUGCUUUCUUCUUUAGCAGGCUGUAUUUCCAUGGAGAUGAUCCGUUAGCUAUUGGCAAUGGCAUCAAUAUUGAAACCACGCAUGUCCCCACAACGCUCAGCUGGAAUUCAACCUAUUGCGGUCCUGCAGGAUGCGAACCAGGACCAGGACUGACGAGCAUCUACAGUGAAAAUUCUUGUGGCAACGUUACGUUUCAAUUCCCGUUUGAAAUAAACGACCAACAUCAUCUCAACCACAGCUGGUUUACAAUAAUCUGCAAGAAAACAACCAAAGGGUUGUCAGUGCCUUUCAUAAACAUAAAUGGCAUCGAUCUGCAUAUACUCGACUUUUCAUUUCUGUUAGGCAACGUCGUGGUGAAUCAUUCGAUAACUUAUUUCAAUUGUCGCAAGACAAUAACAACGGGAUGAGUCUCAACCUGACAGCCACCCCUUUUUACUACUCAGAUUUCGACAACGUAAUUUGGUCUCCAGGUUGUGGUAAUUUGGUCACCGUUUUCGACAACGAAACGAGCAAUCUUAUAGGCGGUUGUCUGCAACAUACUUUUAUAA